AUGUGUCAAACGGCCGAAUAUGUAUGGAACCAGACGAAUGCGCAGAUAACGGCUGGUGGAAAGCCCGAAUGGCAGAGAGUGGCAGCUGGGGUUGAUGGAAAGUAUGUCGAGAGGCCCAACUCUAAAAUUAAUCCCGCCGGGUCAAUGAAAGGUUCGCAAGGCUUAUAUAAGUGUGACGUGGAUGACAAAACCAAGGGGUUGCUCCAGAAACGUAACCAACCAGCACUGGGUCAAUGA